UGUGUUGUAAAUUAGAUAUUAAAAUAGAGAAUAACCGUUAAUGUUUUGUCUUUCUAUUUUUUACCCUCCGAUUUUGAGUUAAUUUGAAAUUUUUAUCCUUUGUGGCUGAGAUGUCGCAUCUAAAGUUUGAGGCUUCAGAAUUGUAGCCACCGUUCAUCCCUGCCUGUGUAAUUGUUAGAAGGGAAUGGGUUCGUUUUAGUAAAGAAUAUACACCCCUUAGCUCCUGCAGAUAAGGUGGUUGUGUGCCCUGGUGUUGCUUUACAUUUUUAACAGCCGAUGUUUUCUUUCUUGUUUAGGCGCCAUAUUACCUGAAUUGUGUUGGUGCGCUGAAUAACCAAAUAAAACAAAUAUCUUGGUAUAAUUCUUAUGACCUUGUCCAUUGUUUGUCUUUCAAGUGUUCUGUAUUGCCAUGCAUUGUUCGGAAUUGCAAUCCGUUAAGAACAACAAAUUAACCUCAAAAUACUUAAAUGAAUUCAGCUCAAGGAGUAUAAACCAACCGGAAUAUUGAAGAACAUCUGCAUAUUAGAUACGAUGGGAUUAGAAGAAAGUACAGGUGGUUUGAAUGUGAAAGAUGUUUUACCUAUUGUAAAUGGCAAUAUUGUGCCAGGUUACAAGUUCAAUCAUGCAUCUCCUAUUGAAAAAGAAAGUGAAUACUUUAGAUCAAAUCCUGAAAAGGGCGACAGGGUUCACUGUGUCGUUUUCGUAGUGGACGCUAAUAUUCUUGGACAAAAUAACGUUUCUGAUGGAACAAGAAGGAACAUAAAGGAAAUAAAUGAAGAAUUAAGAAGAGAAGAUGUGCCGUCAUUUGUUUUGCUGACUAAAAUAGAUAAUCUUUGCGAACUCGUUGAGAAAGAUAUCAGGAACACGUAUUCCAGUGAAAAAGUCAAGCAAGCUGUUGAUAUUGCCGUCGAAUUAUAUAAUGUUCCGGAACAAAAUAUUUUCCCGAUAAAGAAUUAUCAUUGCGAAACGGAAAGAGAUACCAAUAAAGAGAUUCUGAUACUAUUAGCACUGAAACAGAUGAUGUACUUUGGAACAGAUUUCCUCCGUUCUACAUGAUACGUAACUUCAUCAACUGCA